AUGAAAUUUUCACAUAGCUUUAUUUUAGCUGCUUCUUCAGCUUUGACAUCUGCUGCAGCCAUGGCUUCCGUGGCAGCAACUGUCACCCCUGAGACCUCUUUUAGUACCAGCACACCAGAGUCUCUUAUUACUGAUGCAUCUCAAGCUGCUGACUUGGAGAAGCGAAACCCAGCUGCUCCCAAAACUACUACAACACCAGAACCACCAAAGCCGUGGCUACGCACAAAAACCCUCGCCGAAACAACAAUCAUCGAGGUUGUUACUCCUACAGUUUGGGAGGGUGUCACAUUUAGUGCAUCUCCUAGAACUGAUAUCAAAACUCCUGACCCUUGGUUCAGCUUGGACAAGGGUGGAAAGAUCAAGACUAUUCAACCCAAGAUUAAGAAUGGCAUCACUCAAAAUGGUCGCCCGGACUACGGCACAUGGUUCGAAGAUUCAUACACAACUACAGUCAACCUGAAAACUAUAAUUGAGGGUGUCACUGAAGAUACCUUUCAUGAGGAAAUUAAGUACCUUCCGGAAGAUACCACGGAUCGUGAUCUCAACCCUAUCAUUAGAUGCACACCCAAUCGCUACUUCAACAAGAAGAGAAAACUUGACAAGGUUUCUAGUGAACCCUUUUGCACGCCCAGAGAGGCUGCCAAUCUCAUCUUGGACGAUGUUUACUGGGUUUCCUGGUACACUAAGCAUUACCCCAAUGCUGAUAAGGUCCGUCUUCACCUUGCGUACAUUGAAAAAAAUAAGUACGGUGGCAUUGGAAAGCGUGAUAAUAUUCUUGAGAAGAGAGACUCUGAGGAUGCUUUCUGGUCCAGUGAGUGGAUGACUAACCUUGAUGGUGUUUAUCCUCUCCGUAUUGUUGAGGACUUUUUCAUUGGAAGCUCACCUGUUCAUGAUGUUAUGCUCACUCUUCAGCCGGACACUAUUGCUGACGAGGACUUUAAUCUUAUCAACGGUACUUAUCUUAAGCUUUACAGACAACCAAUCAAACACAAGAAGCCCAAAACUCUUAGUACUGAUGAAGGCGAGAAUUCCAACAGCGCUCUUUAUGUGGUCCUCACUAUUCCAACUCUCAUGGUUGUUGUUUUUAUUGGCUAUGCUAUUUUCAAUUUCAUUGUCAGAGACUCUAGAACUUGGAAAAAGAUGAAGCUUAGAACUAAAAGAAGAAUCUGGUCUAACCCUAAGUAUCAGCAACUUCCAAGCAAUUCUUAUGAAAUGGAUUCUUAUGAAAUUCGUUAA